AUGGGUGCCCUCGACAGAAUCUCCCAGAUCGGCGGCCAGAUCUCUGGCAACCCGACCGCCGGCGGUCGCGACCGGAUCCUCGAGAAGCGCCCCGACGAUAUCGUCGUCACGGCCGCCACGCGCACUGCCUUCACCAAGGGCGGCAAGGGUGGCUUCAAGGACACAGCGGCGCAGGACCUCCUGGCCGGCGUGCUCAAGUCGGUCAUCGACCGCUCCAAGAUCAACCCGGCGCUCGUUGAGGACAUCUGCGUCGGUACGGUGCUGGCCCCCGGCGGCGGCGCCACCGAGGCGCGCGGCGCCUCGCUCGUCGCCGGCUUCCCCGAGACGACGGCCGUCCGCACUCUCAACCGCCAGUGCUCGUCGGGCCUGCAGGCCUGCGUCGAUGUCGCCAACCAGAUCCGCGCUGGCAUGAUCGACGUCGGUAUCGGCGCUGGCGUCGAGAGCAUGUCCACCCAGUACGGCCCCGCCGCCGUCACCGAGUUCUCCGAGCUGCUCGAGUCCCACCCCGAGGCCGCCAACUGCAAGGUGCCCAUGGGCGUCCUGUCCGAGGACAUGGCCAAGGAUCUCAAGAUCUCCCGCGCCGACCAGGACGCCUUCGCCGCCGCCUCCUACCAGAAGGCCGUCAAGGCCCAGAAGGCCGGCCUCUUCGACGAGGAGAUCACCCCCCUCAAGGUCAAGUUCGAGGACCCCAAGUCGGGCGAGACCAAGGACAUCACCGUUGCCCGCGACGACGGCGUCCGUGACGGCAUCACCGUCGAGUCCCUGGCCAAGAUCCGCCCGGCCUUUGCCGCCGACGGCUCCAUCCACGCUGGUAACGCCAGCCAGAUCUCCGACGGCGCCGCCGCCGUCCUGCUGAUGCGCCGCGACACCGCCGAGAAGCUCGGCCAGAAGAUCAUCGGCAAGUACGUCUGCGCCUCCAUCGUCGGCGUCAAGCCCCUCCUCAUGGGCCAGGGCCCCUGGAAGGCCAUCCCCAAGGCCCUCGACCUCGCUGGCAUCUCCCGCGACGAUGUCGACAUCUACGAGAUCAACGAGGCCUUUGCCAGCCAGUGCCUGUGGUCCGCCAACGAGCUCGGCAUCCCCCAUGAGAAGAUCAACCCCAAGGGCGGCGCCAUCGCCUUUGGCCACCCCCUGGGCUGCACUGGUGCCCGCCAGGUCUCCACCCUGCUCUACGAGCUGAAGCGCACCGGCAAGAAGGUCGGCAACACAUCCAUGUGCGUCGGCACCGGCAUGGGCAUGAGCGCCGUCUGGGUGGCCGAGUAA